CUCUUGCUUUUGGCCAUUAAAGAUGAUGUCAUGGACACAGUUACUCCUGCUUCCAUUCAUUGGCUGCCUAGGAGGUGAGCUUCUCUUCCAAGGCCCCGUGUUUGUCAAAGAGCCAAGCAACAACAUAUUCCCUGUUGAUUCAGAGGAUAGAAAAAUAACUUUAAAUUGUGAAGCAAGGGGAAAUCCUUCACCUCAUUACAGAUGGCAGCUGAACGGAAGUGACAUUGAUCUGAGUUUGGAUUUUCGUUAUCAGUUGAACGGAGGAAAUCUUGUGAUUAUUAACGCCAACCGAAAUCGGGAUAUAGGAAGCUACCAGUGUUUUGCAACAAAUUCGCUUGGAACAGUCAUCAGCAGAGAAGCAAAACUCCAGUUUGCAUAUCUCGAAAAUUUUAAAAGCAGAAUGAGAAGUACAGUGUCAGUGCGUGAAGGCCAAGGAGUCGUCCUACUCUGUGGCCCCCCACCUCACUCUGGAGAACUAUCAUAUGCUUGGAUCUUCAAUGAAUAUCCAUCCUUUGUUGAAGAAGACAGUCGGAGAUUUGUUUCUCAGGAGACAGGGCACCUCUACAUAGCCAAAGUGGAGCCAUCCGAUGUGGGAAAUUACACGUGUGUGGUCACGAGUAUGGUGACCAACGCCAGAGUUCUAGGUUCUCCAACACCUUUGGUGCUACGUUCUGAUGGUGUGAUGGGUGAAUAUGAACCCAAAAUAGAAGUUCAGUUUCCAGAAACAUUUCCAGCAGCUAAAGGUUCAACUGUAAAAUUGGAAUGUUUUGCCCUUGGAAAUCCUGUACCUCAGAUUAACUGGAGAAGAAGUGAUGGACUGCCAUUUCCCAGUAAAAUUAAAUUGAGAAAGUUCAAUGGUAUGCUUGAAAUUCCUAAUUUCCAACAGGAAGACACAGGUUCAUAUGAAUGCAUUGCUGAGAAUUCACGAGGGAAAAAUGUUGCCAGAGGACGCCUGACUUACUAUGCAAAGCCUCACUGGGUUCAGACCAUAAAGAAUGUGGAAAUCGCUGUGGAGGAUAAUCUUUAUUGGGAAUGCCGGGCAAGUGGUAAGCCGAAGCCCUCCUACCGAUGGUUGAAAAACGGAGACGCUUUGGUGCUAGAGGAAAGAAUACAGAUAGAAAAUGGUGCCCUUACAAUAUCAAACCUAACUGUUACUGAUUCGGGCAUGUUCCAGUGCAUAGCAGAAAACAAACAUGGUCUUGUCUACUCCAGUGCUGAACUCAAGGUUGUUGCCUCUGCUCCAGAUUUUUCAAAGAAUCCUAUGAAAAAGUUGGUUCAAGUGCAGGUGGGCAGCCUGGUCAUCUUGGAGUGUAACCCCAGAGCCUCACCAAGGGCACUUUCAUUCUGGAAGAAGAGAGAUGGAAUCGUGCAGGAGAAUGAAAGAAUAUCUUUCUUAAAUGAUGGAGGACUCAAAAUGGUCAACGUGACCAAAGCUGACAUUGGAACUUACACCUGCAUAGCAGAAAACCAGUUUGGAAAAGCAAAAGGCACAACGCAUUUGGUUGUUACAGAACCAACAAGAAUAAUUUUGGCACCAUCGAACAUGGAUGUCUCAGUUGGUGAGAGCAUCAUUCUGCCUUGCCAAGUGCAACAUGACCCUCUGUUAGAUAUCAUGUUUACCUGGUAUUUCAAUGGGGCUCUCACAGAUUUUAAGAAAGAAGGAUCUCACUUGGAGAAAGUUGGUGGGAGUUCAUCUGGUGAUUUAAUGAUUAGAAACAUCCAGCUGAAGCACAGUGGAAAAUACAUUUGUAUGGUGCACACAGGGGUGGAUAGUGUUUCAUCUGCCGCCGACCUCAUAGUGAGAGGUUCACCUGGACCACCAGAAAAUGUGAAGGUUGUUGAAAUUACAGAUACCACAGCCCAAAUCUCUUGGAAAGAAGGCAUAGACAAUCACAGCCCUGUCAUAUCCUAUUCAGUCCAGGCUAGAACACCCUUCUCCGUGGGUUGGCAAACCGUCACCACAGUGCCCGAGGUCAUCGAUGGGAAAACACACACAGCUACUGUAAUCGAGUUAAACCCGUGGGUGGAAUAUGAAUUUCGUGUUGUAGCCAAUAACAAAAUCGGAGGUGGAGAACCCAGUUUACCCUCAGAAAAAGUAAGGACUGAAGAGGCAGUUCCAGAAGUGUCCCCUUCAGAAGUCAGUGGAGGAGGUGGAAGCCGGUCUGAACUCGUGAUAACCUGGGAUCCAGUCCCUGAAGAGCUACAGAAUGGUGAAGGUUUUGGAUAUGUCGUUGCUUUCCGCCCCUACGGAGUCACCAACUGGAUCCAGACAGUAGUGACAUCCCCUGAUACCUCAAGAUAUGUCUUUCGCAAUGAAAGCAUCUUACCGUUUUCCCGCUAUGAAGUUAAAGUGGGUGUUUACAAUAACAAAGGCGAAGGACCCUUUAGCCCAGUGACAGCAGUAUUCUCUGCAGAAGAAGAGCCUACAGUAGCUCCAUCUCAAGUUUCUGCAAAUAGUUUAUCUUCCUCAGAAAUCGAAGUUUCAUGGAACACUAUUCCUUGGAAGUUGAGUAAUGGACAUUUACUUGGCUAUGAGGUGCGAUACUGGAAUAACAAUGGAGGAGAAGAAGAAUCAUCCAGUAAAAUGAAAGUGUCAGGAAAUGAGACAUCAGCCAAACUCAGAGGUCUGAAGAGCAACCUGGCCUAUUACACAGCUGUCCGGGCUUACAAUAGUGCUGGGACUGGUCCCUUUAGUGCCACAGUUAAUGCAACAACCAAGAAAACACCGCCUAGUCAGCCACCGGGAAAUGUUGUUUGGAAUGCUACAGACACUAAAGUGUUACUUAACUGGGAACAAGUUAAAGCAAUGGAGAAUGAAUCAGAAGUAACCGGAUAUAAAGUUUUCUAUAGGACUAGCAGUCAACACAAUGCCCAGGUACUGAGCACAAAUAUCACAUCCGCGGAGCUUUUGCUACCCCUUAAAGAGGACUACAUUAUUGAAGUUAAGGCCACGACAGAUGGAGGGGAUGGAACCAGCAGUGAACAGAUCAGGAUUCCCAGAAUAACCAAUAUGGAUGCAAGAGGAUCAACUUCAGCCAUCUUGACUGUCCACCCUAUCUCCAGUUCUGUACCCAUAGUACUGUUCUUUAUUGUAAAUGUUCUGGGGUGACAACUUUUUUUAAAAAAAUUAUUAUUAUUUACUGGAAAGUUAGUUGAAUACAAAGUGCUUUCAUGAAAUGCAGUGAUUAUGCAUGUGUGUUUUUGGUUUUUUGUUUUUUCAGCUCAGUUUUUAACUUUCUACAUCGUUAUGGGUAAAAUAUGAAUAUAAUUUUUAAACAAAGCAGUAAAUCCUUUUAGGGGACUCUGAAAUGCCUUAAUCUUUACCUGAUGAACCAAAGGAAUUUACAUAUUACAUACUUCACACUUUUGAUAUAAAUGUUCUUAAACUUUGAGUUCCAGACCUGCCUAAGGAUAGACUCUCCCAUACUCUCAUACAUAGAAACAGACAAGAUUUAAAAAUAAAAAGUUCAAACCCUUAUUAUACUAAGCCAAAUGCUCUUCUCCCAUUACACAGGCAUUGCCUGAAAGUCUUAAUCAGUAACCUUUUAAAAUGUUAAUUUUAAUCCCCAAGGGUGGAAAAUACAAUGAAAAGAUUAUCCUUUUUGGAAAGG